GCACCUUCCUUUUUUCUCUGCCGUCAACCACGCCCACGUCCCCGCGGAGCACUGACAUGCGCGCGUCGUGGUACCCUGGUCUGUGGCCUCUGCGCUCCCCUUCCUCCGCGGCCCUCGCCUCGCCAGAACAGCGGGAGAUUUCGGGAUCGGGCGGCCCUCCUCCGGCGUCCGGAUCGAGAGGAUUGGACCCGAAUCCGAUCGCCUAGCAGGGGGCGCGGCGCGCGCGCGAUGGCGCCGGCGGUGGUGUCGGCGCUGGCCAAGUACAAACUGGUGUUCCUCGGCGACCAGUCCGUGGGCAAGACCAGCAUCAUCACCAGAUUCAUGUACGACAAGUUCGACACCACCUACCAGGCAACGAUUGGCAUUGACUUUCUGUCAAAAACAAUGUAUCUAGAAGACCGAACUGUACGUUUACAACUCUGGGAUACUGCAGGACAGGAGAGGUUUAGGAGUCUUAUUCCAAGCUACAUCAGGGACUCUUCUGUUGCGGUGGUUGUUUAUGAUGUAUCCAAUAGACAGUCCUUCCUGAACACCUCAAAGUGGAUCGAUGAAGUGCGCACCGAGAGAGGUGGCGAUGUGAUAAUCGUGCUCGUUGGCAACAAAACUGAUCUUGUCGACAAGAGACAAGUGUCCACAGAAGAAGGAGAGAGCAAGGCAAAAGAAUUGAAUGUCAUGUUCAUCGAGACCAGCGCGAAAGCCGGCUUCAACAUCAAGCCGUUGUUCCGCAAGAUCGCUGCAGCCCUGCCAGGAAUGGAGACAUUGUCAGCAAAGCAGGAGGACAUGGUGGAUGUCAACCUGAAGUCGACUUCUAGCCAGUCCAACUCGCAACAACAGGAGGGAAGUGGAUGCGCCUGCUAGAAGUGUGUUAGCUUCACGCAUACUUUCACUUGAAGAGCGUGUGUCGGUAACUGUUGUAUAAGCAGUUACAUAUUUCACUAGUGUUACUACUUACUAUCCUUAAUUCUCUGAUGCUUCUGUAGUGAGGCUCACAUCGUUUUCUCAUUUUCCAUCUUGAUUUUGUAUGUUGCGGCAAAAGACCAGAAAUAACAACAUUUUGAAUCA